UUUUUAAUAGUCAAACAUUUUUUAUACAUUACUAAUGCGGUAUUAAUACUCAUUUAGUCUUAUUAUUGCAUUUAAAGUAACAAAUUUCACUACUUGUCAUAAAUGAGUUAGUACAGUCUUUUGCCGUCCAUUUAAUAUCUAUGCGGGUAUUUCUCUGAACUGGUCCGCUCAGACUGACGAAUACGACCUGCUGUUAUGCGUUCCUCAUUGGAGAAGUACAGUUUUAAAGUGGUCUUCAGAGAGCCGCCUCCACCAUGACAUCACUUUUCCUGCCGGAAGACUGCGAACGCGGAAAGACCUCCGCGAGGAUUCUCCAUCCACCGUUCGCGCAAACGGGAAAUGCAGCCCAUUUGCUGAUUUAGCCAGAACACGGCACUGUAACUGUUCUCAUUUUCGUGCCCGUGUCGUGCUGCAUUUUGUACGCGUUAUCUUGCACGGCAGACGCUGACAAAUGAGAUUUCUCUUCCUCUCCCAGCGAUCAUCGUCUUCCCUUCUGACUCUGAUGCGAUAGCAGUGCAUGCUGCGGGAAGGACAGAAGUAUGGGACAGGUCUCUCGCAAUACACGCUGCUGUCUGCUUUCCCAGCUGCCAGAGGCCUCGUUCAUGCACUGCCUGAGACCCACGUAGCCAGCGCUGCAACCUUUAAGGUUGUGUCCUCUGAAACAGAGACUGCAGAAAGCGGUUGGCCAAGGGAGACAUUGCUGCUUCUGUCUGUUCUACGCUGAGGGAAACCAGACCCGCAGAUGGAAAUGUCUGAAGAAACAGAGCUCCGAGAGUGUGACGAGGCUUUUGAGUCAGAAGAGGGAGACAUCGAGCCGUAUCUGGACGAGCCCGAGAGCAGCAGGGAGCUGCUGGAGAGGCUCCGGGAGCUCGAGGCAGAGAACUCGGCCCUCGCCUUGGCAAAUGAAAGCCAGAGAGAGGCGUACGAAAGAUGUCUGGAUGAGGUGGCUAACCAUGUGGUACAAGCCCUGCUCAACCAAAAGGACCUGCGAGAGGAGUGCAUUAAGUUGAAGAUGCGAGUGUUUGACCUGGAGCGGCAGAACAGGACACUGACGGAGCUCUUCCAUCAGAAGCUGCACAGUCAGUCCAGCACAGCGCAGCAGCUGCUGCAGGCAUCCCACACAGAACACCACACCGAGACCCAGCUUCAAGGUCCUGACAGGCUCACCGAAGCACACAGUGAAGCUCAGGCCAAGAAUAACGAGGACUCCCUAUCGAAUGGCACAGCAGACACUCGAGCCCCACCCACCUCCAUGGAAGCUCUUUCCCCAUUUUUUAAGAAGAAAGCACACAUUCUGGAGGUGCUUCGCAGAUUGGAGGAGACAGAUCCUCUGAAGUUCCAUCCUUGCCCAGGCCUCACUUCUUGUCAUGAAUUUAAUCAGGCCCUAAUCCCUGCAGAGGCUGUCCUUGUCCCCAGUGGUAUCUCCAUGCAACCAAAGGCACACCAGCCCACCUGCCGCCAUUCCUGCUCAGAUUCUGACAUACACGAGUACCCAAAUGGUGAGGGGACACUGCCGGAAGAUCACAGCCUGGAGCGUGAGAGCUGCCAGUCAUGUCUAAUGCUCUCCCAGAAGAGUUUGGCCAGUGUAUUGAAGUGUAACCAAGGCCAAAUUGCCUCACACAACAGCAGAAGUGAAGAGCUCGGUGGGCUGAGGUGGUCAGAAGUGCAUGGAGCCUCUGCGCACAACACAGACUUCCAGACAACUGUCCCUCUUGCUGAUGAUGGAGACAGGAUUUGUGUGCUCAGCACUUCAGCAGAACAAAAUAGUCUUUUCCCAGGAAACAGGGACAAGAAGUCUGAGGAGCCCCCGCAACUUGGAAGCAGAGAUGGUUACCUCUAUUCAGGACUUAAAGAUGCUGGCCUGAAUGACGCAUCUAACGGAGAACCGAAGGACACCCCAGUCCUAGGAGAGUCUAAGACCUCAGAUCUCCAUGAGAGUUGUUCCAACAAGUUGUCUACCUUUGCUUUUGUGCUGCAGUGUAAAACUCCACGGAGUGAAGCAAUUGAUCUUCCUCUAACAGAGAGUGUAAAGCACAUUAAUACUGGAGAUGUCCAGGACUUGAGCACAGGCCAGGUUGAUGGAAUGGAUGAGUGUUACUUUGAGGUUGCUGCUGAAGCAGCUAAUGUGAAAAAUGACUUGUACACCAUUACUUCAGACACACCAGUUCCUGAGGUGACUGACAGCUCCCAGAGUGAAUAUUGUGAACAAGAGGGUAGGGAGAGCAAAAAGCUUUAUUACUCCUCUAAUGAGGCAUCUGUCUUCAAAAAAGUAGCAGUAGAUUCUUACCUUCCAGUCCCUGCACUUGAGAAAAAUGGCACAACGCAGCAGUCUCCUGUUGAGAAAACAAAACUUGUGCUUAGCCCCACUUCUUUUAAUGAAAUCAAAUCCUCACCAGUCUCCUCUCCGUCCAGGCUGCUGAAGUUCCUCAAGAUCCCCACAAUUGGAGAACGAGCACAAGCCACAAAUCCACUUCGACUCAGCCCUCAGCUCACUCGUAGUUCUAAGAUCCCCUGUCGAAACAACAAUUAUGAGGUGCACCAUUCUCCUGUUACAGGCCGUAAAGCCACUACAACUGAAAGGGACAGGCAACCUCAAUCUUCAAGGACUGACUCCUACCCCGUGACACAUUCUGCUCCCACCUCCCCACCAAAGCCUGAGGAUUCGUGUUCACCCACUGCCAGAGAAAUUAAUUUCAGUAGUCACUCUGCACCAAAAGCCAGCCAUAGUUCCAAGAUGGUUCAGUCUUCUCAGUCACAAAGGGGCUGCCAGAAGAUGCCCCAUUAUGAGAAUGUCUCUGAUGUUUCUACAUCCUACCAUGUAGAUUCCUCUCCUCAGUUCUUUGAGGGGCAAAACGCAUCCCAUUUCCUUCCCUAUUCCCAAAGUGAAAGUUGCAAUGAGGAUCAACCCAAACUGCUAGAGGAGAAGAUGCUUAGUCAUUCUUUCCAGCAACCCAGUGUGUCACCCACAGUUGACCAACACUGUGAUUUCUCUCCCUCAGAUACUGACACUGACACUGAGAGUGCAGAUUGGUAUAAAAUUCAUGAUCACCACGGCCUUCCAACAUCUUCUGUGCCCCAUAAAGUCCAGGGUUCUGAACUUCUGCCACCCCAAAGUGGUGCUCAAAGAGGUGAGCCACCUUCCAAGAAAAGUAUAACUGGGAAACCACCAAGUGAAUCCAGUCAUCAUUUAUUUAAGGAACGCUUGGCAGCUCUUGGUAAGCUGAAAAGCACGGAGGAUUUGAAUGUCAAUGCACCACCCAUGGACAAAAAAGAUUUACAAUGUAAUGUUGGUAAGGCGGUGUCCUCCUCCACUGGCGAAAAAAGUAAAACUGCUGAAAGGCAAAGUGAUCAUAAUGCAGCAGAAAAUAAACAAUCAAAAUACACAGACUCACUUGAUGGUAAACCUUACCACAAGCAUAACCCUAGUAACCAUCCCAUCAAGUUCCCAGGACCUAUUCAGCAGUAUGAGUCAGGAAACAAACCAGUAAACACCAGCUCUCCAGCCACUAAGACAGAGGUAGAGACUUUUUCCUCUAAAAUAUAUGUAGCAAAGGCAGAGGGCCCAAAGAUAAAGGUAAACAUGCCAUCUUCAUGCUCAGAACCCCCACAGGUUUUGCGCAAUUACAUGAAAUGUAGCACCACACAAAACCCACCUUACAGUAGCAAAACAGCCCCAAGCCCUCAGAGUAGUCCCACUAAGGUCCCAUCGAAAUCUCCUUCCAAACCUGGCCAGGUCUCUUCCAACCCCAGAGCAGCUAAACCUUUCCAGGAUGACCGUAUCUCACAAAAGCCGUCCCCUCGAGCAGAGGACAAAAAUAGACUCACAGCCAACAAGAAGAAGAGCUCUGCCUAUGCAGAAAAUCUUCCGCCAGCUCCUCCAAGGCCAUCAGAAGUCCUCGAUGACAGAAGACCCUUUGCUUCUGGUCCUCAAUCAGCUAUUGAACAGAAGGUUAUGAAAGGCAUUGAAGAGAAUAUGCUGAAGCUGCAGGAGCAAGAUCGUGGUCACAUGGCAGAGGUAAAACAGAAGGCUUCCAAUGGCAUUGCUAGCUGGUUUGGCCUCAAGAAGAGCAAGCUUCCAGCCCUUAAUCGCAAACCAGAAAUGUCCAAGCUCAAGCUCAGCAUGCCAUCUGCAAGCAAGGAGGCCAAGGCUGCUGCCAAGAAGAAACUAGAGGUGGAAAGUCUGAACAUCUCCAAAUUGAUGGAAAAAGCUGAGGAUUUGCGCAGGGCCCUAGAGGAAGAACGGGCCUAUGUGAAUGGGGUAGCACUGGACCGUCCCGGGAGAGGUCAUUCCUGUGAGGUGGUGAUGGAUCAGGCCCAGGGACAGCUGUCAGUCAUGUACAGAGGAAUGUCAUCGGACAAUUUUAUGCAGCAGCUGUUAAACCGAGUGGAUGAGCGGGACAGUACCAGCUUUAGCUUGGCUCCCCGACGUCUCUCCUUUGACUCCAAGAAGUCCCGACCCCUUUUCGGCCAUCAGAAGAAUGGCAUCAGUAAUACUAAGAGCAAAGAGGAGAUGGAGAAGGGUUCUGAUUUGGUCAGUAAAGAUGUUCCAUCAGAUGACAGCCUGGCAGAGUCCAUAAGUUCUCAACAUUUCACAGGUUCUGGUUCUUCCAUGCGCACUCUUGACAGUGGCAUAGGCACCUUCCCUUUACCAGACUAUGCUGGUGGCGCAGUGGUGAAAAGUGUCCCCAAGUUUAAGUCCCAAGGAGAGCAGGAGUUCCUUAGCUCCCAGGGUAAACUCGGACCGGUGACAAAGGCCCCACGCAAGGCCCACACUUUAGAGAGGGAGCUGUCGGCCUUGGAGGAAGUGAAUACCUGUGCUUUGUAUGGCUCUGCACUAGAGGAAAAGGAUUUGAGCAUUCAACUCUCCAACACAAUCCACGAAGAUGUUGACGAUUACGAAGCUGAUAUGCAAUCUCCGCCCUCUAAAAACUGGACUUUCCCAAACCUGAAACCGACAACAGGGCCCACUGACAUGUACCUGGGUGUCAAAGAGGAGACGGAGACAGCUCCCCAUGGGACACCCUUUAGGAGGAGCGCAAGAGCUUGCGGCCCCCCUGCACCUCAUGAAGCUGACCCUGCCAGCUUACCGCUUCCCCCUCAGGUUGGACUAGGCCGCCGAGGCAAAAGUCAAACCCCUAUAACCCCAGAGAGGAAUAAGGAUGGGGGUGUAGAGCUGAUUAAGGAGCGGCCGGAAGAUAUCCUCUCCCCGAGUCGCCCCCCGGCGCUGGAGACCCCCGAGUCUCUCAGCGACUCAUUAUAUGACAGCCUUUCCUCCUGCGGCAGCCAAGGAUGACACAUGUACAUACAGAUAUAAACGCACACGCACCACCCACAAACAUGCACAGAUGUAUUCGUCACCCCUGCUGCAGCACAUUUGUUUAGAGCAAAAAAGAGGCACACAGGGGGUCAUGUCCAUGGCUGUUGUGACUGCUGUCACCCUGGAGGACCUUGCCUUGGCUACACACACCCUCACACGUGAAAGACAGAGGACCUCAUCCCACGCUUCUCCUCGGGCUCACUAACAUUGAGCCUGAAGGAGCGGAUGUAUGCUGCCACUGAGCUGAAGGAAAAUGCUUUCCUUAGACACACCUGCACUUCCCUCCAUUAGAGAAGGAUAGGUAUUUAUUCAGCAAAUGGGGUCCACGUCCACUUGAAAAAUAUCAUACAUUGCAGAAAUCACCUCAGGACAGUGGGCGAUUUCAUGGAAUGAUUUUAGACUUCAUUGUAAAACAGAUUUCAACAUUAGCCAUAAAACAUUGGGCAGCCUACAGUUUGACUGAAACAGAUACUACCGCACUAAUUUGUCUAUUUUCCUUUACCUUUUUUGUAAUAUGUUGUUAUGAUUCAAAGCAAGCUUCCAUCCAUUUAUUGUUUUCAGUAUUUUAAAAUGUGAAUGUCACUGUUGUGUUUUACUUUGCUGUUUAUUAUUUUUUUAACUUAAGAGAAAAAUUUUUGCACAGAGACUGACUCUGUUUUCUCCAAAUAAACAAGUUAAUGUCAGGAGGUCUG